GACAUCAUCAGAUCCGCGCCAGGAAGCUUCAGCUCCCUCCCUCCCCCUGAGUGCGGCACCGAGGUUCCCACCAGCUCCAUGAGGCGCAGCCGGCAAGUGACGUGCGUGGCGUGGGUCCGCAGGGGCGUCGCCAAGGAGACUCCGGACAAGGUAGAGCUAAGCAAGGAUGAGGUCAAGCGUCUCAUUGAUGAAGCCAAGGAGAAAAUAAGAGAAAUAGACAGUGAUGGAGAAGACGCCGCAGAGGAGGACCCGGACUGCGUCCGUGUUCAGGCACCGGCGGCGGAGCCCCCGUCGGAGGGCGUCCCUGAGGGAGAGGACGGCCCGGAGGACGACGAGCUAGCCGAGUAUGAGCUGGACAAGUACGAUGACGAAGAUGCGGACACCGAGACUCUCCAGGAGUCACUCAUGGGGCUCACAGUCUAUGGGAAUAACGACGAGGACCCUUACGUCACCCUCAAAAACACGGAGCAGUAUGAACAUGAAGAUUUCCUGAUCAAGCCCAGCGACAACCUUAUCGUGUGCGGCCGGGCUGAAGAUGACCAGUGCAAUUUGGAGGUCCACAUUUACAACCAGGAAGAAGACUCGUUUUACGUGCACCAUGACAUCAUCCUGUCUGCGUACCCUCUGAGUGUGGAGUGGCUGAAUUUUGAUCCCAACCCCGACGAAGCCCCUGGAAACUACGUGGCUGUGGGCACAAUGUCCCCUGUGAUCGAAGUGUGGGACCUCGAUAUUGUGGACUCUUUGGAGCCGGUGUUCUCACUUGGAAGCAAAGAUGGGAGGAAGAAGAAAAAGAAGAAAGGGAAAAAGAGCCGAACAGCCGAGGAGGCCCCAGAAGGACACACUGAUGCUGUUCUCGAUCUCUCGUGGAAUAAACUAAUCAGAAAUGUGCUGGCCAGCGCAUCCGCCGACAGCUCGGUGAUCCUGUGGGACAUGUCUUUGGGGAAGCCCGCGGCUAACCUGACUUUACACACAGACAAGGUCCAGACGCUGCAGUUCCAUCCGUUUGAAGCACAGACCUUGAUUUCUGGGUCCUACGACAAGUCCGUGGCCUUGUACGACUGCCGCAGUCCCCAGGAGAGUCACCGCCUCUGGAAGUUUAGCGGGCAGGUGGAGAGGGUCACGUGGAAUCACUUCUCUCCUUGCCACUUUUUGGCCAGCACGGAGGACGGCUUUGUGUACAACCUGGAUGCCCGCUCAAACAAGCCCGUCUUUACGCUCAAGGCGCACGAUGAGGAGGUCUCCGGACUCGAGCUGAGCAGCCAGAUUAAGGGCUGCCUCGUGACCUCCUCCUCCGACAAAUACGUGAAGAUCUGGGACGUGUUGGGAGACAAGCCGAGUCUGGUGCACUCCCGGGACAUGAAAAUGGGUGUUCUCUUUUGUGCCUCGUGCUGCCCGGACCUGCCUUUCAUAUACGCGUUUGGGGGGCAGAGAGAGGGGCUCCGGGUCUGGGACAUCAGCACCAUCUCUUCAGUGAAUGAAGUUUUUGGGCAUCGAGAGCGGCUGAUGGUCACCAGCCAGUCCCAGUCAGGGGUCAGCGGCUCCCUCACACUCCCGGGGAGAGACAGCGGGGACGUGGACACGGCCAUGGAAUCUUAAUAAAUUUUUUACCUCA